AUGUCGCGAGCAGUGGAAAAUGGAAAAGCAAUUUUGAUUGGUAAUGAAAAUGAUAUAUUACAUUGUGGUUACAGUCAUGCUUUGAGUGAUGGCGGCAAACGAUAUCCUUCUGCCGAUCAUUAUGCUCACUCAAUGAUUCUCACCCAGUUGGGGUUGGAUGAAGCCCUUAUUCUUGAGCUUCUAUGUACUUCAAGUGCUGAUGUGCCGAUAAAGGCUCGUCAGCUUUUGGAAGAAAAUAUGCCAAGUGGACAUGAUAUGAAUUCAUUAUCGAGUUAUUUGCAAACAAGUCGUCAGUCAUAUACGAUGCAGGGAUUGCGUUUACGUGUAGAACAAGAUGCCGCAUUUGAACGAGCAUUGCUUGAUACAAAAGAUGCUCUGUUGAUUGUGUGCGAUGCAAGAGAUAGUGAACUUGGUAUUGGAAUGGAUGAAGAUGCCUUUGUUGAUUGGAUGGCCAAAGAAAAAGUCGAUGUAGAAUUGCUUGGCCACUGGAUGCGAAAUGAGCGCGGGCGACCGUCAAAUUUAGGUCAUAAUCAAUUAGGAUAUUUUUUAAUGUGGCUCAGGUACGAAGUGACAGAGAAAAAACGAGCUUUGUUAUUAAGUACACAGCCUAUUGAAGUUGCUGGUAUUUCAACUGAUCAAAAUGGUGAAACAGUUCGCAUAACUAUUUCUGAUCUCGUAAUUUCGCUUCAGGGAAUUUUUCGCCCAUUGAGUAAUUAUUUUGCGCUUCCUUUUGAAAUGAAAGGUGAACGUUACCGAUCGGUAGAACAUUACGCUUAUCAACGAUUGUUCGAAGCCCUUCGUUUGGAUGACAAAUUGAUUGAAAAAAUACGCACCACAGUGGAUCCUUUGGAUAUCACUAAAGUAGCUAAACGAGUAUUUAAAGAGCAACAGCUGACACCUAAUGCCAUUGAAUCAAAGUUAGCUCGUUUGGAUCGCUGGCGUCAAUCAGCUAUGAAACAUAAGAUGACAAAAAAUGAAGGACUCCAGCAGUUGUUGCUUGCCACUGGGUAUGCAAUUCUUAUUGAUUGUACAGAAGGAGGUGAUUCGUCAUGGAUUUCAUCAAUGGAUGAACUUGAAAUACAACAUUUGUUGACAAAACAAUAUAUUACUCCUUCGCUUAUCAUCGACUGGAUGGCCGAACGAUCCAAGCCGUCAACAACAUUGUCACAUAUCAAAGGUAACAAGACUGGUCUUUUGCUGAUGGAAUUGCGUUCAAAGUUUGCUGCAUCGCUAAAUUCUCAAAACCGUAUCCCUCUUGUUUCACCAUUGGCUACCGCUCAUGAAUUGAGAACUUUAUUAUCAUCACAUGUCAUUUGCUUUACGGUGGAAAGUGUUUUUCACUUUUUAUAUCCAGCUGAAAUACGAAUUCCAAACACUAACGAAUUUUUUCCAUCACCAUCACAUUAUAUUGCUAAUGCUGCUAUCAAAUACUUCAAUUUUUGCAAAAAUGAUGCUGAAUGGAUUAUGGAGACUCGAAAAAGCAUUGAAUGUUGGUAUCGUGUAAAUUUCAUGAUUGAAGUGAGCAGUGCAUCUUUCGAUAAAAUUCAAGGUUGGUAUAUGGACGAACGACAGAGAGCGAUUAAAGCAGCAUUGGCAUUAAUGUUUGAACAACAUGCGCCGCUUUUGAGAGCGCUACUCGAUACUGGUGACGCUUUACUUGUGUAUUGUGCGCGAUUUUCCUCUCUUGAAUGUGAAUUAACAAUUGGAAUGCGUGAAAGAGAUUUAAGAGCUUGGUUAUUUCAUGUUGACAUCGACACGAAACAACUAUUUGAUUCGAUUUUACGGCCAUUAGCGUUCCGACCUCCUUAUCUUGGCGGAAAUCGGCUUGGUUGUAUUCUUAUGGAACUCCGAAGAGGAUUUAUUUUAAGAGGCAUAUUUCCUCACCAGUUACCAGAAUUGCAAAUAGGCGUCGAUGUUACUCUUGCGUCUGAUUCGCCAACUGAAAAUUAUUUCACCGCAAUUCCAUUUGAUGUUCUUGAUGUCAACAAUUUUACCGCACUUUGGGCCAAUCCAUUUCUUUUAUUGGCUAAACAAAAAAAAGAUGCUGAAUUGUUGGCCCAAGCGCAUUCUCAGAAAACUGCUCCAAAACUCGUUUCUGUUAACGACCAAAAAUUAAAUAUGUUGAUUUCAGAAAUUGAUGCUACGGACAAAAUAAAAGAGAAAGACAUGGAAUUUUAUGCAAUUGAAGAUUUACGAGCCAUCUUUCUUCGAUUGGCUGUUCGCAUGCAAAAUCGACUUAAUGAAACUGAUGCUCAGCAAAAUGAAAUGAAUUUAUUGGCAAAAGAAAUUACACAAAUGCAAAAUAUCAAAAGAUCGUUAGAGGAAAGAAAAUUACAAAUGGAUGGUCGGUCACAGGAACGUCGUGAUAAACGUGAACCACUCCCACCUCACCGUCCUUCAUCCCCAUCUCAAACAUCGCAUUUAUCUUCUACUCAGUCUUCACUUUCAGUACCUCCGGUUCCGUUGUUGAUACCGUAUUCGAUAUCACGUAAAUGGGAAGACCGGCGAAGAUUUGGAAGACGGUAUUCACCAGAAGAAAAAAUUCUGAGGAGACGCAGUCCUCUACAUCUAAAAACAUUUCCAGUAUCACCACCAAAAAAUUCGCCGUCUCCUCCAAAGCAAACGCCUCAAAAAGGAACUGUUGAUGAAAGUGAAUUGUCUGAAGGUGAAAUCGUCAGCGAUUAG